UGUAAUCAAACAUUUAGUCGGCAACAUAAUCUAAAAUCACAUGCAUUAACUCAUUCCCAAGAAAAACCUUUUCAAUGCGAAGUAUGUCAGCACUUUUUCCGUCGACACCACGAUUUGAAAAGACACGCAAAAUUACAUACGGGUGAAAAGCCCUAUCAAUGUCCACAUUGUAAGAGAAGUUUUGCGAGAUUAGAUGCCCUGAACAGACAU